GGAGAUAAUAAAAAUAUGGCACAUUUACUGAUGUGGUUAAGUAAGUAUAUAAACAAGUGUUUUUACUGUGCAAGCUUCAAUGGUUCUCAAACAGUUCAAGGCAUUUUUAGUGACAAGUCGCAUUUGACCUCACAAAAUAUGAAAUUUUCCAGUGUUCUUUGUAUUUUCGUUAUCGUUAUCUACGCAUCUGCGGUUGAUGUUCCCCAAAGCGAUGUAGCAAAGCACGGAUUGGAGCGUCUACAUGUACGUGCUGCUGAUCCUGGUGCCGAUCCUGCAGCCUAUGCUGACGCCGAUCCUGCAGCUCAUGCUGACGCCGAUCCUGCAGCUCAUGCUGACGCCGAUCCUGCAGCUCAUGCUGACGCCGCUCCUGCAGCCUAUGCUACCGCCUAUGCUGAAGCCUAUGCUAACGCUGUAGCUAAUGCUGUAGCUAAUGCUGUAGCUAAUGCUGUUGCCAAAGCUGCUGGCCUAUCCAAUGUCGAUCCUAUGCCGAAUGCUGCGGCCAAUGCCAUUGCUGAACCUAUGGCACUCCCUGACGAUGGUGAUGAUCUGAUGCGGUCACGUAGAUUUACUUGCGAUGUCCUCUCCUUUAAAACGGCCUGGUUCAGCUUCAAUCAUACAGCUUGCGCUGUAAAAUGCUUGUUUUUGGAAGGUAUUGGUGGCCUAUGUGAAAACGGUGUCUGUGUGUGUCAAUAGAGAACCGUCUCAUCUCAAAUGGUUGCCUGACUUUGUCAUAAUUACUGGUUUCUCGACUGCAUACAACAUUUUUAUUGUAACACCUUUCAUGCUUUCCUUUCCACUCUAAUAAAAGAAAACAACUUAUUGAUAUGAACAAUAAACGAUAUUUAUUUGAA